GACAAGGCUCAACUAUGAACUGCAAUGGCUUAUACGAGUAUGCACUAAAAAUAUGAAUUUGCCGUACAAAUCAGUGGAAGGACAGGCCAGCUUAAGUUACUUUAGGGAUUAGUAGGUGAACGGCCUGCAAAUAAGUAGAUUAGCUGCAAAUAUUUAUACGAACAAUCCCCGACCAAAGUAGCAGAGAUGCUCGAGGAAGCCUGUGAUGGAGUAAAUUGUCACCGUCCAUAACUGUCUAAACAACAAAAAUUCUGGAAUCGUCUGAUUCAAAUUAAGAAUCUCACUGGGCAGCGUCUGUCUCCAGUUGGUUAUAAGUUUAAUCACACCUCUGCCUUUGAAACUGCAUGAUCAAAGAGAAACUUUGCAAUAUCACCUAUGACAUCGGGAUGGAACAUUACCUGAUGGUUAUGUGAUAAAAGUUUUGAGGAGCAAUUCCAACCGCAUUUAAUAAACGUUGAAGCACAAGGCAUCAAUGAGUCAGUGUUUACCACCAUACAAACGGCAAAUAUCGAUAUAUGACUGGAAUUGUACAAGCAUAUCUUGCGUGUGAGGAUAAAUUAGCGAUAUCCGUCUUCCAGGGCUCUACACUCUGGUACAAAAUUACAACGAGGCAUUUCGCCAGGCAAAGUUGGUGGUAUACUAACUUUAUUGCUUAUGGAAUAUAAUAUAUAAUAUAAAAAUUUGUCUGCUAAUUAUUGCACGCAAUGAUUGUCACUUCAGCAGUGUGACAACUCAGUUUUCAUUUCUAUGAAAAUUUCGAAGAGGCAACAUAUAUGUACUGGCGGCAGCUUCAUUUCGAUUAUUUUAAAUUUAUUAGCGCGAGUAUAACGGUGGUUGUGUUAAAUUAUAAAAAUAAGAAAAUUUAUAACAAAUGGAUUGGCGAAUGAGCGAAGUUUUAAAUUUAAUAAGCAUAUUCAAUCAAUUCGAAUGCUUUCAUAAUUAUAAGAGUUCCUCUUACAAGAGGAUUGCAUCACCAAAUUGGUAAACCGACAUUCUGCAAAAAUUGUUAAAAUCCUGUCUAUCCUUUUAUAAAUUUCAACUAAAAAAAGCUUUUCAAAUUUUUAAACGCUUCUAUAGGUCGUACUUGCCUGCUCGAAUCCAUUUCGCAAAUGAUUAUGUUAUGAUAACAAAUGCUUAUAUACAGAUUUGGCAACGGCAGUGGCGAUAGAUUUGACAGUUAGUCUACCAUAAACUUUUGCCCGUCGAAUUGCUGGGUAAGUAUUUUGAAGAAAGCGUGUUCUAUAAAACAUGUGUGUUGGCAACUCUAAUACGGUGGAAACAAUUUUGAGCAAUAUUCUGAGAAAACCUCACAACUGGUUUGUGAGGAAAAAAAUUGAUGAGGUUUAUUGUGAGGUUAUUUUUAUUCAAACCUCACAAAACAAAAACACAAAAUUCACCACACGAGGUUAAAAGCAUUUUGGUGUUUAACUGUGUUUUUUUUUAAAUAAACAAAACAAAAUAAAGAAAUGGGCAGCAAAGAAAAGAUUUCAAAAUUUAAAAGAACAACUCAGGAGCAACUACAGCAUUAUAUAAUGUUCUGCAAGCAGCAUCCUGAGUUGCAACGAAAGAAGCAGACCAGCCCUCAUAAGCUGCAAAUGUUGUGGUCGGAAUUAGCAGAAACAUUAAAUGCCUUAAAAGGGCCAACACGCACAGCAACCAAAUGGAAAGAGACGUUAACGCACUGGAAACAUCAGUUGCGUAGCCGAGCGCGAAAAGAUAAAGCCCACCCGCAAAUUACUGGUGGAGACCCUCCGGCAGUUGGAGUAUCAGAAUGUGAGGUGCAGGAAAGUUCAACCUUUGAGACAGCAACGGUUGAUGGAGUGCCGAGUUCGGAUCACCAGGUAUUGUCGCCGUUGGACACAACAACGGACACCGUUCCUGCUCCAUCUCCAUCGCCAGUUUCUGCUCCAGCUUUUCCUGCUAUAUAUCUCCGCACUUUACCUUCGUCACCUUCACCUCCCACUUCACCACCUCUUAUCGAAUAUUCUCCUGAUGUAUCCCAUUCUAGGUUAUCUCCUCCCAUCCCGCCUUCUCCUACACCAUCAACUUCUGCUUCAGUCAUUUCUGAAGCCCCCAAACCAACAGCAGUGAAAAUGCUUGGAAAGGUACUAAAAAAAUUGAAGGCGCAUGAGAGACGGGAAGAGCGGGCCAUUUCCCAACAACAAAAAAUUUUAGAGCAAAACGAACAGUUGAUGGGUGUCUUAAUGCAGAUGACACGGGAGAGACGAGAGGAGCUGCAAAAGACCUCGGAGCAAAACCUACAAUUGACGGGGGUAUUGAGCCAAAUGACGCAAGCACUAACAGCUAUGACAACAGUGCUCAAUAACCUUACAGAAAAAUUAAACCACUGAUCACAAUGCAUUGACGCAUAUCACCCAGGGAGAACCAUUUCAUUUUGCCUCAUCUGUGUGUUCUUAUAAUAAUUAGGAUUACAUAUUUUUAUAUGAAGUAUUUAUCAGAUCUUAUAUUAUUAAAAAGUUUAUUUAAUAAAAUAACUGAAUUAUUUAAACAUACA